CUCAUCCACCGUCCACUCAAAGCACAAUCAGAUGGCUAUCAUUCUCCAUUCACACAAGUUUCUAAUUUUCAAAAGCUCGCAGAAACCUUACUCUCAAUUCUCUCUCUCAUUGUUCUUCGUCUCUACACAAUGAAGUUUUGGAGGCCAAAAUCUAUUUCAUUGCAUCCAAAUUUUGAAACCCGCUCCUCAUCCUAAACUUUCAUUAUCCUGCCUUAUUUACAUUUGCAAGGAGAGAACCAGAGUAAAAAAGUGAGUUAGAGAUAGGACCUGAUCGGGGGCUAGGGUUUCGAGGUUAUUUUCUUAAGCCACGACAAGGUAAUAUUAGGGAUGCGUGUGAAGGCUGACACAUGGGCGGCUAUAAGGUUUGGACCACCCGGUAGGUUCAGUUCAGUUCCCAAAUGGUGCAUUUGCAAGCAAGUUACCACGAAGCCGCUUCAUCGUAAAGUUCCCAAAUUAUGGCACAGGAACCAAAGAUGGUUAGACAAUGGUUGUACGAGAAGGUGACAAAGUGUGUGCUUUCAGAUGUCUAUUGGUGGAUACAAUAGUCGGUUGUUUUGUGAGGAUGUGAGGAUGACGAUCAGCUUCAAGCCUACUACUCCAGUUGAAGAAGUGAGGCUAUAUGUACAAAAGGCAUCAUAACCGACUCUUAAACAAGAGCUUGAACGGUUGAUGGUAUGAUUUGCAAUGGCCGGCUCCUAAAAUUUUGAGGCAAGAUAUGAGGUGCCCAGGAUUUGAACAAGGAUAUGUGCACGUUCAGGGUAUCCAGCAGACCCUAACGACCCAGGGUAUCAGCCUUUGGGAGCCUUUGGGAGCCUUUGGGAGCCUUUGGGAGCCUUUGGGAGCCUUUGGGCUGAAACAUAUUGUGGUGGCUUACUUACCAAAGUCAAAAGCAAACAAAAAGAAGAGCCUAUUGGGGAACUCCAAAGACACCAGUGAGGAUGAUUCAGUCUCUCUGAGAUCAAGCAUUUUAUCGAAAGCUCAGUUGCGUCUAGCUAAGCUGGAUCAGUUAAGGCAAGCAGCCAGAACAGGGGUUGAAGUGCGUGUUAAGAAGGAAUGUGCGGAGCUAGGGACAAAAGUGGAAUUGCACGUACGUCAAGCAGAGACAAACAGAAUGAGAAUCUUGAAGUGGAAUUGCACCAACGGAAAUCGCCCUGCUCGAUUGGGCCAUCAACCUGAUGGCUGAUGUCGUCCAAUACGAGCAUCUCAACAUUGAUGAGUGAAAGCGAUUUAGUAGAUUCUAUAACUCAUUAGUAACAUAUAAACACUUUUAGUUUUGUUUGUUUUAGUAUUUAAAUUUCUAUAACUACCACUUUUAUUUGGUUGUUUGUAAGAUUGAUGUUUAUUAGUUUAACUAAGAAUCUUAAUUUGUUCA